CGGGUCCCGUCAAAUCAGGAGGAUUGUGAAUUGUGUCUUGUUCGACACCGUUCAAGGCAUCUGCUUAGGAUCUGUCAGUCCAGGAUCUACUAGGUGCAGUAGCGGCAGCAGUGGAGGCGGCAGCUCCUUCGAUUUAUCGGAUUCGCCUCGUCGCUUGGUUGGUUGUUGGGUCUUGGCUCGUUCGCGUGUCUGACGCGUGCCACCGGGCGAUCUUUGUACGGCCGCUUUGUUGAACCGGCUUGUUCGCGCGGGCUGUGCUGGUUGCCGGUGAUUCAACCACCAAUCGGAUUGCGUAGUGCUCCGGCAGUACCCUCUCCUCUGGCGAGCACCGAAGCUGGGAGGCGGAGCCAGAGGAUAGACCAGGCCCCGAACGAUCGGGAUUUUUUCAGAGUAGAUUUGACGACGAACGGGGAAACUAGGCCCAGCCGCCAAAUGGAUUAGAGUGUGAAAGCAUCGUGAGUGAGUCAAUCAGUCAUUGUGAGUGGUGUGUAGAGGAAUAUUCUGAGGAGGAAGUGUGUUGAUUGACUACGAAACGAUACAAGAAGUUCAGCGUGGUGCUAUGCGUAGCCUGACGACGAGAACAAAAUAACGCAAAAAGUGCGAGAAACCUGUGUGAACGAUACAUCAAUAUAUCGGAUAUCUCUUGCACCCCCUCCCCCGCAUGUUGCCCCGCAGCAUCGAGCGAUUGUGAUUUCGCUUGCGCAUGGUCUCGUCCCCGCUGAAUGUUCCGCUGACGAUAUAGUUUGCCGAUGAUCACGAAUCGUAGUACAGCCAGACAUUGCAUCGCACAGUAAUGGCAAUAUUGUGCCGUUGCUAGUUAGGCACAAAUGGCAACAAUAGAAGUCAAUAAGACGGUUUUGUCCAGUGCUUACGAUGUGCGUAAAUAGACUUCACGGCAGGGGCCGGACUAUGGACAUUGCUGCAGAGCGGAGCUGGCACUAGUGCAAAAAUCGGCCGUACUAUUAUAAUGGCGCUUCGUACGGUAGUAACUGGCGGUGUUACUAGAAAAUCGCUAGCCAAUAACUUGAGCAGAAGCAAAAGCAAUCGGAGUGUCUACGAUAUAGACGGCAUUAGGGAUUAGUAAGUGGUUCGUCCAGCAACCGGCAACCGCCGUGAGCUGCUGUCUUGUGUCUUGCUUCGGGGGCGAGGCAUGCCUCCCCGUAGCGCGACCUUGGACUUCGUUUGGAUAGCGGCAGCAUCCGCAUACAAACAGAAAACCACACACAUCGAUAUAUCGAAUCGUAAUUUUUUCUACCGGCCGGCAUCGUGCGUAGUCGUAGAGACACGAUGAAGCCUCUGUUACUAAACGGAAGUAAACACCAGAAAUCUGUGACCAUCGAAGUUGAAGCUUCUCCUUCAAUUUCCGUUACGCUUGAGGAAGCUGCGACGACAAAUGCCAUCCACUCCACCUGUAUGCCGAGCAACGGCAGCGGUGACAAGUUCUUCGCCGACCAGUACUCGUGCCGAUCACCCCCGGUCUUCAUCUUCUGCGUCACAUUGGUCGAGUUUCUCGUGUUCGCGUAUGACUCGACGGUCGGCCCUAUUACGCCUAUUAAUAUCGACUCACCGUUUAUCUAUCGGCCAGAUCGGCGCUACGAGGUUUGGCGAUUUUUAUUGUACAUGCUGCUUCACGCGGGCUGGGUGCAUCUGUUGAUCAAUCUGAGCGUCCAGCUAGUCGUCGGGUUACCUCUUGAACUCGUUCACGGAUCAUGGCGGAUUGGCUGUAUCUAUAUGUCGGGGGUGCUCGCUGGAUCUCUAUCAACGUCUGUAUUCGAUUCAGAGGUGUACCUGAUCGGAGCAUCAGGUGGAGUCUACGCCCUGCUCACGACGCAUCUCGCGAACGUCAUACUAAACCACCGAUGUAUGCAGUUCGCGUGGAUGCGUGUCGUCGGCGUGGUUAUCAUUGCCGGCAGCGACGUUGGCUUCGCUGUCUACCACCGCUACAUGGAACCACAAGGUUUACCAGUUAGUUAUAUCGCGCACGUGGCUGGAGCUUCCGCGGGCCUUACGGCUGGCCUUCUGAUGCUCAGGAACUUUGAAAGAAAAUUCCAUGAGCACUUGCUCUGGUGGACUGCUUUGGUAGUCUACGUGGCUUGCAUACUCUUUGCAGUCCUGUACAACGUCUUCAACAUUGAGGGCAUCGUUACGCCAGCGGAGAUUCUCAAGCCGUACUGAGAUCUAAAAGGGCUUGGUCUGAUGCGCUAGCUAGAUCACGUCGAUCACGAUCAUCGGCAAUCGAAAAAUUAGCGGGCAUUGCCUUGUGUGAGGAGACCACAACAGCUGUCGUUCGUACAGCGUCGGUCACCUCAGAUAUUCUUUAUGGUAUUGCAUUCCUUCGCUUCGGGCCAAGGAACGAGUUAACACAGAUACGACAAGAGCAGACGAAAAUUCCCUUGUUCUGCAGCACCAAGCGAAAGGAACACGUCUAGUCACUCACCAGUUGGAAUCAAAAAGGACAGCGGCCUUUGAACUUGACGCCAAACGGCACGCUCGAGCUGACGUUGAUGACGGGUUGCGACUACUCUGAGCUGUUACGAGCUAUUAUCCUGUACAUAUCUAUGCGACCUGGAAUAAUGUGUUAUACUGCAAGAACGAAAACGAAGGCCUAAACAGAACACGAGAAAGCCAGCAGUCAAUUAGGCUAACACAAUAACGCCGUUUGAUAAUGUUUAUAGCGACGUUCAAAUGGUCACAAUGGGCACAAUAUGUAAUAUAGAAUGGCUUCGGAUAUCCUACAACGACACUCAAAGUCGAAAUCGGUCUACAGGAUCCAGAAGUAUUGAUGAGCGAAUGGAAAUGUAUAGUUAGCAGUGUAAAGAAAGUUGUUAUUUAAGUAAC